UGUGCGCACGAGGGGGGUGAGCAGAGGCAUUCCUCGUUCCUCUCUCUAUUCUUCUCUGUCUGCCGGCUGAUGCUCGCGCGUUCACUCAGCGCAGAUAUGAGCGCAGCUCGCAGUGAAGUUUGAAGAAGACAGAGAGCAGCGCGCGGUCGGAUUAUUGUUUACAUCAAACUUGCUGCAUAACUCGUUCGGCGUUUGCCUUGAGUGUUCCUAACUUUCUCUUUCACCCGUUUGGUUUGACCAUGGGCUUUUCUUGCAGAAAAGCGUUUUAUUGGCCCGUUUGGUCGUUUGCUGUUGUUUUUGUGAUUUUGAGUCAGCGUUGUCAUGGAAGUUGUUCAGAAAAGGAGCUGGAAACGCGAGAAGAAGAGGCGAAUGUAGUUUUAACUGGGACUGUAGAGGAGAUCUUGAACAUGGAUCCGGUGCACAACACUUAUUCCUGCAAGGUCAGGGUAUGGCGUUACCUAAAAGGCAAGACCAUGGUGAAUGGAGAGGUGCUGCUGGACGGAGGAAACAAGGUGAUGAUCGGCGGUUUCGGAGACCCCCAUAUUUGCGACAAUCAGGUGGCCACCGGAGAUACGCGCAUUUUCUUUGUCAACCUGGCCCCUGAGUUCAUGUGGCCGAACCACAAGAACGAACUGAUGCUCAACUCGAGCCUGAUGAGGAUUACUCUCCGCAACUUGGAGGAGGUGGAGCACUGCGUUGAAGAUAAACCUGUUCACUUCACACCGGCUCCUCCUCCUGAUGGUUGCAGAGGAAAGCUGUGUGGAUUUGGAGCGGUGUGUGAGAGAAACCCGACGGACCCCUCUAAAGGAGAGUGUGUUUGUAAGAAGAUUGUAUGCACGUCUGUGGUGGCGCCGGUGUGCGGAUCUGACUCCUCUACCUAUUCCAAUGAGUGUGAGCUGGAGAAGGCCCAGUGCAAUACACAGAGGCGCAUUAAGGUGAUGCGCAAAGGCCCCUGUGCCCUGAAGGACCCAUGCAGUGAGGUGACCUGUAGCUUUGGCAGCACCUGCAUCCAGUCAUCCGACGGUCUGUCCGCCAAGUGCAUGUGUCCUCUGAGUUGUGAGAACGUCCCCAAGCACGUGGUGUGCGGCAGCGACGGCCUGGACUACCAAAGCGAAUGUGAGCUCCACAUGAAAGCCUGCGCCACUCAGAAGAACAUCCGCGUGCAUCACCAAGGCCGCUGCGAUCCUUGCAGUGACACUCUGAACAGCUUGAGUGUGGCCUGUCGGGUGAACCCAAAGACCUACAAGCAGUUUACCUUCGCCCCAGCCGAUUCCUGCCCGCCCGACAGUACACCCAUCUGCGCCAGCGACGGCCACACUUACUAUAGCGAGUGUCAGAUGGAGCGGACGGCCCUGCAGAACAACCUGGAGCUCAAGAAGGUCUCUUCAGGCAGCUGCAAGGAGAAAAGGGGCUGCCCGAAUGGUUGUAAGUUCAACGCCAUGUGUUUGCUGGAAAACGGAGAGUUUCAGUGUUCCUGCGACCCCAUACAAUGUGACGGCACGUACAAGCCCCUGUGCGGAAAGGACGGAAAGACAUACCCCAACGACUGCGAGAGGAAACUCGAAGAGUGCCGGAUCGAAACAGACAUCCCCAUCAAGCAACAAGGGCCCUGUGAUCUUAACCUGGAGAGCCCCUGCCUGAAGAAGACCUGCGAGUUCGGAGCUGUGUGCGUGGUUAAGAACAGCAAGCCUGUGUGCGAAUGCUCAGACGCUUGUCCACAGGACCAAGACCCUGUUUGUGGCAGCGACGGGCACACUUACAGCAGCUCAUGCCAAAUGAAGGCCAUGGGAUGUGCCCUUCAGAAAAAGAUACAGAUGCAGCACAAAGGACCAUGUGCAGAUGAGUCCUGCAACAACUGCUCGUUUGGCGCGAUCUGCGACGCUCAGACUGGCCGGUGCGUGUGCCCCAAAGGGUGUUUGGAAACACGGCAGCCCGUGUGCGGCAGCGACGGGAUGACGUACGAGAAUGAGUGCAAGCUAAACGUGGAAGCCUGCACUAAGCAGCUGGAUCUCAGAGUGGUGGCCCAUGGAGAAUGCAAAACCUGUGGCAGCACUGUGUGUAGCUGGGGAGCACGGUGCGUCGAGAACCAGUGUGAGUGUCAGCAGUGCACGGGUCAGCCGGUGAAACCCGUGUGCGGCAACGACGGCAACACCUACAACAACGACUGUGAGCUGCGGCUGGCCUCCUGCAAGAAACAGAGGAAGAUUGAGGUGGCCAAACCUGGCGUCUGUGAUGAAGACUGCGGUUCAGGAGGCUCAGGUUCAGGAUCUGAAACCUGCGAGCAGGAUCGUUGUCGACGAUACGGCGGAUCAUGGGAUGACGACACAGAGGAUGACCGCUGCGUGUGUGACUUCACCUGUCAGACAGUGCCGCACAGCUCAGUGUGCGGCUCUGAUGGGAACACAUACACCAGUGAGUGUGAGCUGAAGAAGGCCAGGUGUGAGAAGCAAAUGGACUUGCUGCUCCAGAGCCAAGGUCCCUGCUCAGCUAUCAUAUCAGCUCCUACAGAGCUCGUCGCCUCCCAGCACUGUAGCAAAACUGUUUACGGAUGUUGCCAAGACAAUAAGACCGCUGCCCUGGGUUUUGGACUGGCUGGGUGUCCUAGUGUGUGUCAGUGUAAUCAUUACGGCUCAUACGGAGGCACCUGCGACCCGUCCACCGGCCAGUGCUCCUGUAAACCCGGCGUCGGGGGACUCAAGUGUGACCGCUGUGAGCCCGGAUUCUGGAACUUCCGAGGCAUCGUUACAGAGAACAUGAGUGGCUGCACACCGUGUAACUGUGAUGGAGUGGGUUCGGUUCGUGACGACUGUGAGCAGAUGUCAGGGCUGUGCUCAUGUAAGCCUGGAGUUAAGGGCAUGAAAUGCAACGUGUGCCCCGACGGCAGCAAGAUGGGAGCCAACGGCUGUGACAAAGGACCUGAGGCACCCAAGUCCUGUGAUGAGCUUAUGUGCCACUUUGGGGCAUCAUGUGUGGAGGUGAACGGACAGGCUCACUGUGAGUGCCCGUCGCCAGAUUGUGAUGAGAAAAACAAGACCAAGGUAUGUGGUUCUGAUGGGGUCACCUAUGCAGACCGAUGCCAGCUGAGGACCAUCGCAUGCAGACAAGAUAAAGAGAUCACUGUGGAGCAUUUAGGCCAGUGCAAAGAAUCCAUUGAGCUGACAGCCAAACCUACCCCCUUCCCAACCACCCACCACACCACCCCUCCCACCGCUCACGUCAAGAUCACCAAACAGCGCCAUGGCCACACCACCACCACUACUUCAAGCAUUCUCAAGGAUCUGGACAGCUUCGUGGUGGAGGCACUGCCUCCACCGAAGAUGGUCGAGGCAGGAAAGUACUCCAGCUCUUUCACCACCCACCGCCCCACCACACUCAACAAACCACCCCGCACCUCAUCCCCACCUCUGGACUCCAGCCCUGACUUUGACGAAUCGGGCAGUGGAGAGCCCAGUGGGGACGACGAGAUGGUGAGCGGAAUGGAGGAGAGCGGAGAAGAGCCACUUGGUACAACAGUAGCAACUACCACUCUUCCCACAGCCGAAGAACGGUCUUCCUGUGACAACACACCUUUCGGCUGCUGUCCCGAUGGGAAGACGGCCGCCAUCAGCUCUGAGAAUACAAACUGCCCCUCCACCAUGCGUUUCAGUGGCUUCCUGCACCUGGAUAAGGUAGAGGGUCAGGAGGUCUUCUACACGCCUGAGAUGGAGGACCCCAAGUCAGAGCUGUUCGGCGAAACGGCUCGGAGCAUCGAAAGUGCUCUGAAUGAGUUGUUCCGCAAGUCAGAUGUCCAGAAAGACUUCCAGAGUGUCCGUGUGAAGAAUCUGGCCCCCAGCAACUCCAUAAUUGCCUUUAUCGAGGUUCACUUUGACCCAGACACAAGGUUCAGUGUGGAGGCUAUUGAGGGAGCCCUUCUCAAACAGCUCAAGGUGUCUAAAGACACUGGUAUCGUUGUGAAGAAACCUGAGGAAGAGAACAUCCGCAUCACCACCUAUGGUCUUUCAGCUGUUCCUUUCUUCACCACCACCACCACCACCGUAGCGUCAGUCACAACUCCCACCACCACUUCGCUGUCUCCCACUUCUGCAUUUACCACGCUCCGCCCAACCACUACCAGAUGGCCCUUCACCAGCCGCAGGACCACCACAGACGCACCAGCCACCACCACUCCAUCCAAGGCCCCCACAACCACAGUCUCGCUGAAGAACAGACUGGCGGUUCACGGCAACAGGCCAUGCGAAUCCCAGCCCUGCCGCCAAGGUGGAACCUGCGUGCAGGAGGACAAUGACUUCACCUGUAUCUGUCCUGCAGGAAGAGGAGGAGCUGUGUGCGAGAAAGUUAUAAAGUACUUCAUACCAUCCUUUGGUGGCAAGUCUUACCUGGCUUUCCGAACCAUGAGGGCCUACCACACUGUGCGAAUUGCCAUGGAGUUCAGAGCUUCGGAAAUGACAGGGAUAUUUCUGUAUAAUGGCCAAAAGGGCAAAAAGGAUUUCUUGUCUCUGGCACUGGUUGAGGGACAUGUGGAGCUCAGGUUUAACACUGGUUCUGGGACGUCUUCAGUGAUCAGUAAGGUCCUGGUAAGACCGGGUCGCUGGCAUCAGCUCAUAGUAGUGCGUAACAGGCGUAAUGCCAUGCUGAGCGUGGACAAUGAGCCGAGCGUUGAAGGACAAAGUCCCCCAGGAACAGAUGGACUCAACCUGGACACAGACCUUUUCAUCGGUGGAGUGCUUGAAGACAUGAUACAAGAUGUAAAGGAGAGGACGUCAGUUUCCACAGGCCUGGUGGGCUGUAUCCGCAUGCUGGACGUCAACAACUUGUUCUAUAACCUGCAAGAGAAUGGCGACAGCAUUUUGUACGGCUCAGGCGUGGGUGAGUGCGGCAACAAUCCAUGCAUGCCGAACCCCUGCAAGAACGGAGCCUCCUGCCAGGUCAAAGAAGCCGAGAUGUUCCACUGCAAAUGUGUCAAUGGUUUCUCUGGUCCAACCUGCGCUGAUGCCCACAACCCUUGCGACCCCAAUAAAUGCCACCCAUCAUCGCGGUGCCAGGUCCUUCCGGAGGGAGGUUACAAAUGCGAAUGUCCAAUGGGACGUGAAGGCAAGCACUGUGAAAAAGUGUCAGACAAGGGAGGUGCUUUCAUUCCUUACUUUACUGGAGAUUCUUUCCUGGAGCUCAAGGGCCUUCAUCUCUACAGCCAGGAUCUGAGGCAAAAGUUCAGCAUGACUGUGGUUCUGUUGGCCAAUGAUUCCAAAGGCAUGAUCUUCUACAACGGUCAGAAGACUGACGGCAAAGGAGAUUUCAUCUCUCUCUCCCUGAAUGAUGGUAUCUUGGAGUUUAGAUAUGACCUGGGCAAAGGACCAGCUGUCAUUAGGAGUAAAGAAAAAAUCAAGCUGAACGAAUGGAGCACAGUGAAUCUGGAGAGGGCCAGCAGAAAAGGAGAGAUCAGCAUUAACGGCAAAGACCCCGUCCGAGGAGAAGCGCCGAAAUCACGCAAGAAUCAGCACACAGAUCUUAAUCUGAAGGAGUCGCUCUUUGUGGGCGGAGCCCCUGAUUUCCGCAAAGUAGCCAGAGCUGCUGCGAUCAAAGAUGGCUUCAAAGGGGCCAUUCAGAAGAUUACUCUGAUGGGAAUUCCAAUCCUGAAAUCUGAUAACGCCCUUCACUCCAGUGAUGUGUCCAUGUAUCCCUACCACCCCUGCUCCAAAGAUGUUUGUAAGAACGGAGGCCGCUGCAACCCUCUGUUGGACAGCUACGAGUGCAUCUGCCGCCACGGAUUCACUGGACAGCACUGCCAGGACGCAAUAAUCGAGAAAUCUGCUGGGGACACCGAGGCCAUUGCAUUCGAUGGUCAUACAUUCAUUGAAUAUCACAACGGAGUCACCAAGAGCGAGAAGGCCCUGCUGGUGAAUAAAUUUGAACUGAGCAUCAGGACUGAGGCUACUCACGGUCUGAUUUUGUGGAGCGGCAAGGGAGUGGAGCGAUCCGAUUACAUCGCCCUCGCAAUUGUGGACGGCCGUGUGCAGAUGACCUAUGACCUCGGCUCCAAGCCUGUGGUGCUGCGCUCCUCUGUACGGAUCAACACCAACCGCUGGAUACGAAUCAAGGCCAGCAGAGCGCUCAGAGACGGCUCGCUGCAGGUUGGUAAUGAGGCAGCUGUCACUGGGUCAUCACCCUUGGCUGCCACACAGCUGGACACAGACGGCGCUCUCUGGUUGGGUGGUCUGGAGGAGCUGUCUGUAGCUCGCCGGUUGCCCAAGGCUUACAGCACAGGCUUUGUCGGCUGCGUGAAAGACGUGAUAGUCGACGGGGUGGAACUACAUCUGGUUGAGGACGCCUUAAACAGUCCCAAAAUUGUACACUGUUCUGCCAAAUAGGCUGUCACCACGUUCCUCCCAACACCAUGUCUACUGCUUCACCAGUCAGCGAACAUGGUAUCACAAGACAAGCAGAAAGUCGUAUUACAUCUGUCCUGUUUCUAUGACAAACAACAGAACAUGUACUUGCUCAUUACUUGAACAGUGGCAGAUGAGGUUGGUGCCAUCUGGAUUGCCUUCUCUCGUCCUGUCCAGCAUUCACUAUACAUUCCUCUGAGCUGUUGCUGUGGUCCAUUACUACAUUUAAAAAGGUCUAAAACAUGGCUUUCCGCUUUAUCGACACGACAGCAACUGUUAAAAACACUGAGCAAGACUAUGUAUAAUAUUCCUCAUUUAUGAUACCACUAACAAGGACGAAAGCUCGGAACAUGGAGUACUGAUAGUAGCUGAUGUAACAUUUAGCAUUCCUCAAAAUUCACCAUUGUUUUUUUUUUCAAAUGCAAACAUCAUUGACCUGUGAGAUGUAAUAAAUAGUAACGAAAUACAUGAGACUGUGAAUUUUGAAGAUGCUAUUUUUUGUUGCAAUCAUUCGUCUCAUGUGUUGUGCAUAUCUAAAGAGCAAUUGCAUAUAUAUAAAUAUACUAUAUGACCACUUGUUGCAUGCAUCUUUUUAAGUGUUGCAUUGAUUUUGCCUUGGUUUUCUUGAUCUUCAUCAUUCCAUUCAGGGCAGAAAUGUAGCUGACUACAUUGAAAUCUUGACAUCUGAUCAUUCAAGUUGGGAGAUAUUGACAUUAUAUAUAUAUAUAUAUCUGCUAAUUGUCAUUCUGGACUUCUUGUGUGUGUGUGUGUGUGUGUGUGUGUGUGUGUGUGUGUGUGUGUGUGUGCGUGGUGAAAAAAUGGUUGUUGCAACAACUCAACAUUGGGAGGCGCUGUAACACAGGAAGAGAUGAGGGACUCAAAACACAUCAGGUGGACAAAAACAGCAUUGACAUUCUUAGCAUUUUCCGCCAUCGAACAAAAAUCAUGUAUUCAAUCACUGCAUUUUUUCUAUCGUAUAUCAAAUGAAAAUGUCGCUUUAAAAUGCUGCCAGCACUUGCUAUAAAAAAGGGAUGAUGUAUGUGUAGACCCCUUGCAUCCUAUGACUGUGGCCCCCAUAGCAGCUGUUUAUGUUCAACGGUAACCAGUGAAAAUAUUAAUGCAUGGGUUUGUCAAGUCAAAAUGGUUUUUGUAACCUGUUCCAAGACAAAUGCAAUGCUGUGGUGCUGUUUCGGUGUAAGACAUAUGAGUUUGAUACCAGAUGCUUUGCAUUAUUCCACUA